CAAAAAGAUGAUAGAAGUUGCAUGUCGGAAGAUGAGAGGAAGACGAGGAUACAACUAGAAGUUGUAGUUUGUUGUACACUGCGGCAAUAGCGUGCCGACUUGUUCUAACGGCUUUUUCGCGAUGAAGAUGCAAACAAGUUAAAGUUUGACAAUAGGUAGAGCACGCCAAUAGGGCAGCUCUUUACCUCACACUUCUACACUGGUAAGAUCAGAACGACCAGGUGUCACAUCAAAAACAUGUCAUCCUCCUCGUGCGGAGUCCUUCUUCGGCUCAAGCUGGAAGGGCUUGAGGUUGCAUCGGAUCUCUCCGUCUUAAACUUGGACUGGCAAAUUCGCAAGUUCUUGCUGGGCCUCGAUCGUCAGCCAUCGACUGGAGCAUAUUUGGUAAGACGAAAAGGAGCUCUAAUAUCAAUCUAGUUUUCUAUGAAGAACUUGAACGUCUCUACGGUCACUAUGAAAGGUGAUAACAGGGACAAUAGCAUGCAUACAAGUACAACUGCAUGCGUACUUUCUAACUCAUUUAUUGCAAUCUUCGACUUACUUCCUAUGUUUCCCCAAUCUCGUAAAAACCAGAGCGUCAUCCCUGGUACACUAGCAGAAGUAUGCGAUCACUUGUGGAGCGUUCAAGAGCUUUUUCUCAAGCAGACGAAUGUAGAAAGCAGUACAACUACCUUGCUGACGCUCUCCAUGCGAGAACUGCUGGAUCCGACACUGAACUUGGAUGGGGGCUUUUAUGAGAAUGCUGUUUGUCUUGAUGACAACAGCGCACUCGUCGUCCAUUUACAGUUGCAGCAGUUGUCACAGUGUCGAGUCACGCCAAACAGGCUCCUGGAUUUACCAAUGCUGCAAAGGAAUGAUGAGCAAGUACUGCUAUUUGUUUCGGGAGUUUUGCUUGAUCAUUUUUCUCAAGUACAGGAGAAAAAGCCUGUUGAAUAUUUCACCACUUAAUACUGUCCUCCACAACUGCUCCACUCUCUGUCCUUGUUAUUUUCUCUGUCCUUUAAAAUCUUAAUUAAUAGUAAUCCUUGUGUCUUAUAUACACCACCCCAGAUCACACCUCCAACCUCUUUCUACGUGCUGAAACUGCGCAUGGUGAAUAGUGCUCGCAACGUUCGACAUCUCGUCUGCCCCGUGCCCGGUCCCGAUGCGCAACAAGGCGAGCACCAACUACUCGCACUCCGAGUGCGUGGCAUAGUGCAGAAUGCGCGGGAAGCGCUCUUUGCUCUGGUCCUAGCUGGAUCCUGGGAAGAAGUGCUAGAAACCUUGCGGGAAGUGCAGGAACAGUGUGUGGUGCUGGUGAAUCGUGAUGCGACACAGGAUGAUGGACGGUUACCGCCAGUCAGGGAAGAAGAUGAAGACGAGGCUGCGGAAGCUCAAAGUGGGGAAAGGAGAAACCUUCACGAAAAAGUCAACCGCUCAUCUUCGAGUCAAGGGUAAAAGUAGGAGUUUAUUUCAGUUUCAGUAUGCUCAUCUAGUGGUCCCUCUGCAGAUCGAUGUCUAUCAACCUACUUAGUAGUUGUAGUUGUAAGAAUACCAUAUAACUAGAUCCCAUGCAUGUCGAUCAUGUCCCUCUCAACACCACCUUCGCAGGUACUUCGUCUCUCCCGACGACAUUUCACCUACUGUGGCUUCACAGUCAGCCUUCGAAUUCGGAGAGAGGACUUGUUCCUAUCCGUUGGACGUGAGACCACUUAUCUCGCAUGUCCAAGAUGCUAUGCAAGUCGACGAUGGCGUCUCAGACUUGCUAGACAAAACUGUGCAGCUUCCGGUCACACUGACGGUUCCUGCGCUCGCAAGACCAGCUUCUGUUUCAUCGGGGUUAUGAUGGAGGAGAUUUGAUAUAAUUUUGGUCCUCUUGUUGUUUGGCAUUUUUGUAUCCCAAUCCCAGAAACAAGUAGUGACUCAGUAAAAACUACCCACUUUUACUCUCAUCCUGACUAACUACCCACUUGUUUGAGUCUCAUCCACAGACAUGUUCAUUCCCAUUCCCUCCUUCACUUCCCUUCGACGGCGAAGCAGAAGAGGACGAAGACGACAUGCACGUUUUGACAUUUGAGGCUCAUGUGGAGCGCAGAAGCUUCCCCGGACGCGGUGUAGCAUCGCCAGGGUCCUCUACGCAGUCUCCACGCUGGUCACCCAAACGCAUCCACUCGAGUGUUGGAAGCAAUUUCCAUUCAGCCCGUGACACAGAGGGGACUUCUUCAGCGGCUGGGUCGCCACAAGAACAACAGAACUUCGCGAUGCAACAGUCGCAGCAGGCCUUGCCACCAAAUCUUCAAGUUGGUGGGUCAUCUUCUUCGACAGCGAGAAAUCCAGGUAUCCAACAUGCGGCUGGUGAUGCAGGUGGCGCAGGUUUACUCACGCAGAGACGGAACAAUCCACCACAGCCGAUGCAGUUGUCUCAGGAUUUUGAAAACGGCACCUUGCAACAAGGUGGUGCAAGUGCAAACGUUAAUAAAAAAGAUGGCACUGGCAGUCCGCCGCAACCUAAUUCUUUUUAUGGUCAGCUUUUUUCCAUCAUUCUCGGCAUCUUGGUCCCCUUUUCCCUUGUAUUCUCCUGAAAUACAAGGUAAAUAAAGGGACCCCAAGAAAAGGGGGGCCGAGAUGCAAUCUAGCAGACUCUAAUCUUUCAUCUUGGGUUCAGCAGCUGGCGAUGUCUAUGGUCCUCCAGGGGCGAAUAACGUAGUAUCUUCAGCAAGAGGUGGGGGUUUUCAUAGUUCAUCCGGUAGUGGCUCAGCGAAUGACAACAGUAUCGCCUCAUCCAUGAUGGAAGAGAGUAAUUCCAUGGCCAUGGCGGACCCUCCAUUACCCAAUGCGCCACCCGGUGUCGGUCAUGUUUCCUGGGUCGAUGCUGACCAAAAAUACGUGCCCUCGUUUCUGCCCAAUCAAGACGCAUCAAUUGACGCGUCAACGCCUGGAGACCCGAAUGGUCCGGACACAAAGCCAUUGCCGCAAAGAAUACUGAAAACUGUGGACGACGCGUUUGAGGAAAUCGAAAAACUACCACACCAGUGGAGACUGUCAGUUGAGUUGCGGUCCGCGAAAUUGACACACUUUCAGGCGAAGAUAUUCGUGAAAUACUUCUAUCCCUUUGUGCAGCAAGUGAAGCCCUUUCGGACGAAUCCGCCGACCGUCUGCAGGAAAAAUUCGAUGACGUACUACUAGACUACCUUCAGAUUUUCAUCUACUAGACUACCUUCAGAACUAGAUCUAGACUGUGAAGAUGGAUGAACUCGUAUUGAAGGAGUGCACUCCUAUCAUGAUGAUAACUGCCAACGCCAGCCACUUCUCCUUACUACAUCACAAAAAACUUUUAUACAUAGGCAUCAACACUCACCCAGGUACCUUCCCCACGGUUUCGCCGCGUACCAUUUCACUGACAUAAGCCCAGCGAAGCUGAAAGAAAAAUUUGCAGAAGGCAUGAACAAGGUCUUACGUUGUGAGGUGUGGCAGAGGGAUCCUCACGCCAGUGAUCAGAUCAUAGGCUGUGCAAACAUAGACGUGGAGCAAAUCAUGGACGUACCGGAAGUCAGCAAAGCGCCGAGUGAAGGUCGUUACUUACUUGGGGAGUACUUAGUUGGUUUGUUUUACAACACUCUGCCCAGGGUAUUGAAGCUCUAAUUCGUCAACGAUUCGGAUUCAAAUCCAUUUCCAUACUUGCUAUUCAAAACUCAAUACGAAUACUACAGGUUUCAACCAAUCCGGCAACCUCCUACCCAAAGUAAGGACUUUGGAUCAGACCUUGCCGAUUCUGUCAGCAAAUGGGGAGACUCACGGGACACUUCGAGUCGUGAUAUUCCUAGAAGAUCUAGGGGAGAUGCCGGAGCAAAGCAUUGCUGCCAAGCUUGGUGGACAACUUGGAGGAAGUAUAGAUGCAGCUAUGCCUAUGGAAUUUGCAGAUCGGGGCGGUGCUGGAGGUGCAGCGUCUAAUAUGGGCGUGUCGGUGUCGUCGAGUGUUGUUAAGGCAGGUUUUGCGUGAUACUAGAAGAGGAAGAGUACUAUGUAUUUUGGAUACCCACAAUACUUAACCUCCCCCCUGCUAUCGUGUAACUUCCUACUAGCUUUAGUGCCCCUCAACACCACCACCUUCUUUUCUAAGACAGGUGCAACAAGUCAAAUGCCCAGUGCGAAUGCCCUGAUUGGCACUGGUGGUCGUUCAACUGAUGAAGUAGCGAGAAUGCGAAGUUUACCAGCAUAUUCCGCAGCGUACGAACUAGAGCUCUGGAAACGAGCAGAGGAAGCGAGUUUCAAGGUGAAAUUGCAGGAAGACGAACGAAUACGAAAAAUGAAACUGCAGGAAGAGUACUGCAUCACAUGAUUCACAUAGGUUCUUGCUUCCAGUACGUAGUAGGAGUGUUGAGCAGGUGUUGGUGUUACUAUUCGCAUCAUCAUCAGUGUUACUGAUAUACUGCGCAUGAGCAAUCCUUUACAAGAGCGAUCCUUGACCUUCUUCUAGAACUUCACUCAACCAAACUUCCCAGAUACGAAGAGCGCGAGAAGAAGCGGAGCAAAGAGUUCAACGAAAAAAGGCAAGAAGUGAUGCAGCUAGAACAAAAGCUGAAGCAGAAGCUGUUACAAAUGCAGCAAAGAGAAGGCGAGUUAGAAGCUAGAGACAGCGCAUUUUUGCGCAGAGCGGAGGAUACAGAUAGGAAAGCGGCAAUUUUGGAAACCGAAACCGAAGCCAAAGUUAGACUUUUGAAACAGGUAAUUUCCUUUGUUUUGUUCAAUUUCUUGAGUAUGAACCCUGUAGUUUUAUUCGACUACCUACGUUACCCUUUAUUUCAUCCUUUUGCUGUAGUUUUUAGUUAUUUCAUCCUUUUGCUGUUGUUAGUACGUGGUAUUGCUCCUUCUCUUACUAGGCUGCAGUGCAGCAACUCCAUUUCCGUCUCCCCCACUUUUCUCCCAUGUCAAUCAGGAAAUGGCCGAUGAGAUCGCUUUGGAACGCGAGAAGGCUCGAAGAUGGGAGCAAAAGUACGUUUCCCUGGAACAAGAGUGUCGACAGUGGCAAGAACGGUACACCUCGAUCGAAGCUGACUUCGUCAAGUUCCGAAAACAGCAAUUUGAGGAGACCAACGCCAAUCCCAUGGAACAAGUCCGCGCCGACUUGAAAAUCAAAACUUACGAGUGCAAAGAAGCCCAGAAACUGAUACAGCAACUGCGGUCUAGCAGAGACCACUUCAAAGAAUCAGUCACGAAAUUGUGCGCACAAGUUUCGACGUUGGAAGAGGAAAAGCGUACUUUGGAGAGGGAAGUGAUGCAUCAACAAGGCGACUUGCGAGCUGCGAGAGCGCAAGCUACACUGCGAGGAGACAUGAACUUAAGACUCCCACUAAUUCGGCUUUGGCCGCAUCCUUGAAAAGUAUGGCUAUCACGGGGAAAUGUUUCCUUGCGAUACUGUUCAAGGAUGCAGUUGAAAGAUGAACUACAACGGGCGGAGAGGUCUAAUGAACAUGAACAGCAUGGCUCCUGGCGAGCAAGAUGCUUUAGAUGCUGGUGGACGCGGUGGGUCUGGUGGAACGACGACACCUGGGAGAUCGAGAAUGUUCAAUAGAACCGGAAAUUUAGGCGAUCCUUCAUCUGCUACAGGAGGACUAGGUGCAUUGAUGGGAGGUGGACUAGGACAAGGCGGAUUCGGAUUUGGAGGAGGAGGAGCUAAUAAUGGUGCAGUGUUCCUCGGAAAUCACACUAUUAAGGCAACCAGACGAGCAGCCUCAACAUCAUUCUUGGCCAUUUUCCAAAGGGAAAAGGAGGCUAAGGAUGGCCCGAAGGAUGCGAAUGCGAUAGCUCCAACACUGCCUCUACUCGGGACCAAAAUGUUGAAGAAGGUAUCUCUCUAGCUUUACGCAAAAUUCAGGAGGAAUUACGGAGUCUCCAUCAGAAUUACGCAGAAGAGGCACCGCAAAGACCACCAGUUCCGCUAGGAAUUGCGCCAGGCAGCACUAUGGGGAUGCAGCAGAUGAAUUUCUCAACUCCGAAUGUUGGCAUACAGAGAGGAGUGCAGACACCAUCGAAUGGCCAACAACAGCAACCUGGUUGUGCGACCACUCCGCCCGUUGCUACUAUUAGAGGCGGAAUGGUAAUACCUGGAGUAACCGGUGUAAUGACAGGAGGACUUGCAUCUGGACAAUUUGGAGGACAAUUUGGAGGAGAUGCGUCUUCCUCUGGCACAGCUACCAGAGUAGGACCUUCUAGUGUACCUUUUGGAGGUGCAACGACUAGUGGAGGUCUACCUCCGCCUUCGAGUAUGCCUGUACAGCCAGCACAAUCACAACCGCAACCACAGACUAGAACUGCCCCAGCAACAGCUCCAGUUCAUCCGACAGGAGGACCUGCUACAACUGCAUCAACAGGAGACGAUGUAAUCGCACAGGAGAGGAGGAGACUGGAAGCCUUGAGAGCAGAACUGCUGGAAAGUGGCCUCUACAGCGAAAACGAUGCUAUCUUCCAACAUAUGGGGUUCUGAAUUUCAAAAAUAUGAAGAAUCUCAGGAACUCCAUACUCUAAGUCUAGGGGUGUGCGAGGAGUAACUGAUUACUGAUAAAUUUGAAUGUACAUGUAGUUUACGCAGUUCUUUUUUUGAUACUACACCAGCCUCUCUUCGUGACGAGGUGGUAAGAAGAAGACUACUUAGAGAAGAAGGAUUGAGCUUAGGUUUUUUGAUGUAUACUUGAAUUACUUGCUCUAGUUGAGCAUCUUGAAAUCGAACAGUAACUAAGUAGUUAGAGCAUGUCUUUUUUUACCUUUCGUCUAACCAAUAUUUGUCUUUUUUUCCUUUCUCAACUUCAACAAGUAGUGAUCGCGAAGAGCUUGGGUACUGAAACUGACCAAAGAGUACAGAAGUACCCGUAGCACUAGUACAAGACGAUUUUCUAUUAUUUCUUCUGUUAUGAUGAAGUCUCGCCUUCCUCACAGAAAGGAUGUCUUUUCUUAAUCUCUUCUGUGCAAUGGUUUUUAAUUUUUUUUGACUAUCUAAGGCUGAAAAGGUGAUUUUUUUCUUCUGUUACGAUCAAAAUCGAAUAUUUAGUAUAUAUUCCGAAACAACUACUGGCUCACUUUUUUUCCAAUCAACUGAACAACUAUGGAAGCCAAACUGGCUCAUUUUGUCUUCAUACAACUGAAUAACUGAAUCAAGAAAAGACCCGAAAAAGAAGGGAGCGAGAAAAGACCCUGUCUGCGAAAUAGAUGCAGAUGUUUACUCAAACAAGUGGUUGAUAAGUGUGAUUGAAUGAUUACUUUCUGGGAGUCUACUAGCUCUAGUAGUACUGCUAGCUGCUACGUCGUUGUAGUUGUGGUAAAGAAGCAAGGUAUAUCUCAGGGUAGUUCUGCAGGAUGAAAAGGAGCACGGCUUCAAUGAUGAAGUACUUGAUUGUACAAUGAAUCUGAGUUAUAGUGGUAGUAUCGCGCAGAGCUAUGUUUUGAAGCAAUUAAGUUUAACUUUUGCAUCUUUUUCUGUAGUCUUCUUGCUGAGUUCAAUGAUCCGCUCGUUCUCUUGAUAGAUUGCUGACCUUGGGGAGACUCCUAUGUAUAUGGUAAAAAACCUUAUAUAUAUUUUCUAUCUUGGUGAUGUGUUGAGUUGUGCAGUAUUGAAUUACCGCCACUCGCGAUUCAUUUUGAUUUUGCGCUUUUUUCUCAAGAAGAGAAAAAGUUUCUUGAAUUCUAAGGCCAAUGAAAUUGUUAGACCUUCAUCGUUCAACUAAUUAAGGAGGCUUUCAACUAAUUGAUAUUGAUUUUGAUGUCGGGAAAGAAUAUGAUUGAGUUUCACAAUGAAACUGAAAGCUACUUGUCCUCUAAAAUAUAGGGUGACAUAACUACAGAUGGAUUGACCAUGACAAUCGCGCAAAGAUCGUGUAUUUGAGAAUUUCAUGUGCGAAUUAAUUUGCACCACGCGAGAACAUCAACCUACCUCCACAAAUCGGUAUUUUUCGCAUGGUGUCACACACUUAAGAUGUUCUCAUUCUUGCUUGUUGUUAGUGUGAAACUGGCGCCUGUUAUUGUGUAUGGUUGUUGCUUCAUCAAAGUAU